AUGGGUAAGAAGAGGAAGCGAUCAAAUGACCAGAUCUCACACACCAGGACUUUAGCCGCUUGCGAACACUGCAGAAUCAGCAAAACACGAUGCGACUCUGCUCGCCCUGUUUGUUCGAAAUGCGCUAAACGUGGUGUAUCUUGUGUCUAUCCUGAUAAAGACCCAUCGUCAAUAUUCGAGGUUUGGGCCACCAAAAUUUUAGCCGCAAUUGACAAUCAGGGCCGUGUUCUGUCCGAUCUUGCUCAAAGUACCAAAGAUGGCCUUCGACAACAGCCAUCUCCCCAUCCGUCACAAUUCUCAGCCACCGAAGAUGAUGACCUGGAGACAAUGUCGCGGAAGGAUAUUUCCUGGACCUCGAUUACUGGCUCUGAUAUGAUCCUGAGCUGGGCGGUGUUCCCAGCCGAAAAGCCUGUUGACACAUUCCCAGCAGCGGCAUACGUGGAAAAGCCACAUCUUCUCGCCCUGGCACAUCCAUCACCGUCGCGGAUUUUUGAAUUGAGGGAUAUCUAUAUGACUAAGAUUCAACCCAAGAACCCUAUCAUAGACGCGGACCAGCUAGAAACGCAUAUUGCCGAUGUUCUCGAAAACGGGUUCGGUUGGACAGCUUCGUCCUGCCUGGUGCUUCUAGUAUUUGCUUUGGCGGCAAUUUGGGGAACUUAUCCCGACGAUGAACGUCGAUUAAUCGAGUCCGACGAGCAGGGAAACCCCUAUCCUGAACAGUAUAUUACAAUGGCCGUGCCAGAACACCGUUUGAGAGAAUCACUCAGCUAUUUUGCAAUGGCUCAGAAGCGAAUGUCCGCAGCCCAUCUGGAUGCGUCGUUGCUCGGGGUAGUAUGCUUCUGUCUCUUCGGGUAA